GUUGAUAAGAUAAUCAGAAAGUGCCACGAAAUUGAACGCGCACAUAAUAAUGGGGUCUGUGGGGAGCGGGAGAUGCGUUCACUUGCCAGUUGCCACAGUAACUUAAAUCGUAUUCAACAUUUGUUGUCUCCGCGUGUGUUGGAGGACCUACAACAAAGCCUGAGCGAUCUCAGAACACUAAUCAACGGACAAAUGUCAGACGGAAAUGGGGGGUUUUCAGCUCCUCGAAUUCAUUCAGGGCGGCGAGGGCAACCAGCCAUUAAAGUGACAAGAGAUCAGAUCACCUUUCUUAUGAAACAAGGCAACACAGUUAAGCAAAUGGCCAAAAUUCUUGGGUGUUCCUCUUCAUUUUUGUACAAGACAACAAAGACUCUUGGUGUAUCUGUAAGAACCAGAUUCUCUACAUUAGAAAAUGCAGAACUCGAGGCCCAUGUCAGAAGACUUCAGGCUCAAUAUCCAAACUCGGGAUAUGAGAUGAUGAGGGCCUUGUUGAAAGCCGAUGGAUUUUUUGUUCAACGAUGGAAGGUUAGAGAGAUGUUAGCUCUGGUUAACCCAACAGCUACAGCCCGAAGGUGGAGUUGUGCAGUGGCAAGGCGGGUGUAUUAUACACCUUACCCUAACAGUCUGUGGCAUAUAGACGGCAAUAUGCGCCUCAUAAGAUGGGGAUUUGUGGUCCAUGGUGCCAUCGAUGGAAAGUCCCGGCUCAUUACAUAUUUGAAUUGCAGCAGUGACAAUCGAGCUUAUACUGUCUUGUCUCACUUUAUUAAAGCCACAUGUCUUUAUGGUCUCCCAUCUAGAGUCAGGUCUGAUUAUGGUGGUGAGAACUUUCUGGUGGCCUUGGUCAUGAAUCUGAUUCAGGGGGUUGAGCGCCGAAGUGUCAUUACAGGGGAAUCCGUACACAACCAAAGAAUUGAACGCCUCUGGAGGGAUGUGUUUUUACAUGUACUACAAUCAUUUUACAACAUUUUCUACUCUCUUGAAGAUGCAGAGCACCUGGAUCUCAGUAAUGACAUUCACAAACUGUCUCUUCAACUUGUCUAUCUUCCUGAGAUUCAAAAAAGUCUUGAACUCUUUAGAGAAGCAUGGAACAACCAUCCUUUACGCACAGAAAAUAACAGAACACCCACUCAAAUUUGGACACAAGGGAUGCUGUCCAAUAUUGCUACAGACAAUGCUGCAAUCAACAAUGUGUUUGGAGAAAAUCCCUAUCAGCACCAAAAUCUGGAGGCUCUACUGGCACAACAUGGGAUUGACCAUUUACCCACAGUAGAUGAUGAUGAACUACCCGCUGUAACUGUAGAACAGUGUAACAUCAAUCUCAGUCAGCAGCAGAAGGACUCCAUCUGUCAUGUCAUUGAGAACAUUCCUGAUUUGAAAACAAAGUAUCUGACAUGCUGUGUGGAAAUUUCUAAUAUCAUACAAACCUGAAACACAAAUAAAUGUAAUACACCUGU